ACACACACUCCCCCACCGCUUGUGUGAACGUAAACACACAUACACACACCACAGACGCGUGUGGUUGACCGCACCGGGCUCUCAGCUAUGUGUGAAGACACGCGCGGCACGCCAAAGAAGCAGCACUACUGAAAUCUGACGCUCGCUUUGUAGCAGGACCGCCAACCAGAUUGCAUCGAAAAUCAUCCUACUUUCUCUCUCUCUCUUUUUCCCUACCUAUCUUUUCAGUUGUACUUGUGUGAACAGAGCUGGAGAAAAGAUAAUACCCCCCCCCCUUCUCUCUCUGUCUCUCUCGCUCUCUCUCGUUCUGUCUGUCCUAUGGUGGGAUAAACAGUGAAAAGAUGAGCCUGUGAUACAGCACCAGACUUGAGUGACCUGACAGCUCAAACUAAUCCCAUUCAGACAAGAAGAAAUGCUACAAGUUGAAGCCUAGUCUCUGAUAGCGGUGGAAAACAACCAGUCUACUUCCCGGAAAAAUACAAGACUUCUGUGAUCUGGUUCGUUGGACAGAGUGACUUGCCACGCUCUGACUGCCCCCUUCUCCCCACAGAAUCAGACACCUCGGUGGUUGCAGUGAGACCCCACCUGCUCAGCCACAGCUUUACAUGGAGACCCCCAGUUGGGCAGAAACGAAACCAGGAAACGGGCUGUGUAAAACCGGAAGCAUUGCUCUCUUUGGAAACGUAGUGUAUAGUGGGCUACUGAACGAUCACUUCUGGCAUUUCGGGGUGCCCCUUGUCACAAGACUGGGUAACCAGGAAGCCCCAGCUCCCCCAGAAGCCAUGGCUCAGCCGUAUGCUCCAGCGCAGUAUCCUCCCCCUCCACCUCAGAAUGGGUUGCCUGGCGAAUACACCCACCCUGGGCAGGACUACACGGGGCCCAGUCCGGUCCCUGAGCACGCCGCAGCCCUCACUAUCUACACACCCACACAGACGCACAGCGAGCCACCUGGCACUGACAGCAGCACGCCGUCCCUCACAGGGACUAGCAGUAUACCACAAGCGGACAAUGUGGCGCAGACAGACGGCUCUCAGCAGCUUCAGCUCCAGCUCUUAGACUCUUCAGAGAAGCAGCAGCCCAAACGGUUACACGUCUCCAACAUUCCCUUCCGCUUCCGAGACCCAGACCUCCGGCAAAUGUUUGGGCAAUUUGGGAAAAUUUUGGAUGUGGAAAUUAUUUUUAACGAGCGGGGCUCUAAGGGUUUUGGUUUUGUAACUUUUGAAACAAGCGCAGACGCAGACCGUGCACGGGAGAAAUUAAACGGUACAAUCGUAGAGGGACGCAAAAUUGAGGUAAAUAAUGCAACAGCACGAGUAAUGACAAACAAAAAAGUGGCCAACCCAUAUACAAACGGCUGGAAGCUGAAUCCAGUGGUGGGAGCUGUCUAUGGUCCUGAAUUUUAUGCAGUGACAGGCUUCCCCUAUCCCACCACAGGAGCGACGGUGGCUUACAGGGGCGCCCACUUGAGAGGCAGAGGUCGUGCUGUCUACAACACAUUUCGUGCGGUGCCUCCACCCCCUCCCAUUCCUGCUUACGGAGCUGUGGUUUACCAAGAUGGCUUCUAUGGUGCCGAGAUCUAUGGUGGCUAUGCAGCAUACAGAUAUGCCCAACCAGCCGCAGCAGCUGCAGCGGCUUACAGUGACAGCUAUGGCAGAGUCUAUGCAACAGCAGACCCUUAUCACCACACGAUUGGACCUGCAGCCACGUACAGCGUAGGCACUAUGGCUAGCCUUUACAGAGGAGGUUACAGUCGCUUCACACCCUACUAGAGAGAGAAUCAAUCCAAACAAACAAACAAACAAAAGAAAGAAAACAAACACAAACAAACAACCCAAACGCCUCUACGUUCGAUAGAGCAAAACACCUCCGGGUCAUAAAGUGAACCUUCCCCGAACAAUCACAUUUGAGUUAAAGCUCUUCUUAUCAACCUGCAGUUAUCCAGCAUUUCUGUUGCUUGGCUAUUGAUUUGGAAUCUGUUUUGUUUGUAUUGAAAUGUGUGGUCCGGUAGGGGAGGGGCUGAGUGACAGAGAGGAGGGGGGCCAGAGGGGUGCUGUCCAAUGAGUUUUCUCAUUUAGUCCCGCCGUAGAUUUAUGGGCAUGAGCUCAGCUGAUUUAUGUGGACACUGAGUGGGCCAGGAAGUGAGUUUAUUUGCCUUACUAAAUGGCACAGCAAUGAGCAACUUGAGCAAAACAACAGCAGCGCUAGACUUGCAUACGUAUAUUUGCAGUCUUUGCAUUAAAGGCCCCACUGAACACCCACUUAUUAGAAGUGACUGCUAUUUAUGAAUACAUAAUUUUAAAAAAUUCCUACGGUUUGCUGUAAACUACUAAUAUGGCCUUACUAUUUUUUCUCCAGUAAAUAUCAAAGGGAAAUGAUAUGGAUAUAAACAUUAAUUCGCAAAGCUCCGGUUUUGACUGUAUACCAAAACUAUAUUGUAGUAGUGUUAAAAAAUUAUAGUUAGCUUUAUAGUUAGCUACAUGGACCCUUCAUGAAGCAUUUUGAGUAAUUCUCUGUCACUCACACCCUCUUUCUCUUUGACAUACUGUUUUAUAACUCAAUGAACAUUUAUUGUCUGUAUGAUUGCAAUUGUAUGUCAUUUGGGGAUGUUGAUGUCAAGUUAGAUGUUUAUUUAUUUUAUAUUUGGACAAGAAUAUUCCAUUGCCACAGAUAGACGAAAGAUACAUUUUAUGGGAUUUCAAUAUGUUGGUCUUAAGUUUUUUUUUAUUUUUUAUAUGGAAUAAUUUAUUAUUAAUGUUAUUAUUAUUAUUAUUACGUAUGAAGUAAAAUAUAUAAAAUAAAAAAUAGAAAAUAAUGUAUUAUCAAUUUUUAAAGCAGAAAAAAUAAUAAUAACAAUAAUAAUAAUUUACGAUUUUUAUUUUUUUUUACAAAGCAAUAAAAUUAGCAAAUCGGGUUACAGGUUCCUCAUAUGCAAAUCUAAUUGUAUUAUUUACAGGCAAUGAUAACAAUAAAAUAUCUAACAAUUACAUAAUCCAACUAUAUUGUACAUGUAUUAUAUAAUUUUUUAUGUAUCUUUUUAAUUCCUAUUUUUAACAAAACCUGUAUACAAGCACGUCUGCCUGUAUCGAAGCACAUAUUCACGAAGGAAGGCCUCCAGCAAGGUUUCCUUCAGUUUUAAUCUGUUAGAUGUCACAUAAAGAGCGUACCUUUAAUCAAGGCCGCUUCUGCUGCUAAGAAAGCAUUCUGUAAAUAAACAUAGUGCAGUAAUGUGGAAAGAGAGAACACUUCCCCACUGCACGGUCUAUUGCACCCUCUAGCUGAUGAGAUGUCCAGAAUCCCACUGCAACAACGGAGAUGACAGGGGGAGCAAUUACCGCUCAUUGCUGAAAUAUCCAUCAUGUUUACGUUAAUAUGCAAGACGCAGUCCACUUAAAAAUAACUUUUGAUAUCAUUUUAGCUAACAAAAGAUACAGAGAUAUUACAGGCAACAUGGUCCAGUGUUGAUUUGCUGUUGAUCUUUGAGAGUAUGCAACCUAGUCAUACAUUUUCAGCACAUUAUUGGUCAAGCCCAAAAUCUAUGUAGGAGGCCAGCCUAAAAAUUUCCAAUAGUUGUGGAAAGAUUUAUGUUAUAGUGUAGGGAAAUUAUUAGGAAAGAGACAAAUGUAUCUAAUUAAUUAAGUAAUAAAAAAUAUAUACAGUUAUAAAUAUAUUCUCACAGAAAUAUAAUAAAUAUAUGUAAGCAAACUAUUCCAAAGUUUGGGGUUUGGUAAGGAGUUUUUGAAAGAAGUUUCUACUGUGCACAGUGUUUAUUUAAUAAAAAAUACACUAAAAUAGUAAUAUUGUGAAAUAUCAUUACAGUUUUUUUCUUUUUUAAUAUAUUUUUAAAAGUCAUUUUUAAAAGCAAAAUUGUGAUCCUUCAGAAAACGUUCUUAAGUGCUGCUAACAUUAACAAGUAACAUUUCUUAUUAUUAUCAGUGGUGAAAACAGUUGUUCUGCUCAAUAUUUUUUGCGGAAACCGUGACUUUUUUCAUGAUAAUUUGAUGAAAAGUAAGUUCAAAAGAACGUAAUGUAUUUCAAAUAUGAUUUUUUUUUUCUUUCUAAAUUUCACCUUCGAUCAAUUGAAUGCGUCUUUGGUGAAAAGAAAAAAAUUAUUUAAAAAAAUGAUCCUACUGACCCAGGAGUUUUGUAUGGUUUUGUGUGUAUGUGUGUGAAGACAGAAAGAAAGAAAGAAAGAAAGAAAGAAAGAAAGAAAGAAAGAAAGAAAGAAAGAGAAAGAAAAAAAGAAAGAAAAAUCCUUAACGUUCUUUUCUCAAUGGAAAAGCACUUAUGCACUAAGGUGAGAGAUUUUCCCCCAAGGUGACAUUCCCCAGACCCGGCACUUUAUACAGGGCCUGUGAUAAGACAUGCCAGGCCUUCAGAGAAGAGUGAGAGGAAGAAUGAAAGAGAAAGAGGUGGGGGUUGCAGUAAUCUUCCCAGUGAAAUAGGGCCUCUCUCUUUUCCUAGUUCCUCAGGGCGUUGAUCAUGUCCUUGUGUGUCUCACACACACACACACACGCCCCAGUAAAUAGCAGCCUGCACCCCUCAAAUGGAAUUGUAAGGGUGGAGUUAUAGAAGAAGUGGAAAGAAACCAGGGUAGAGAGGCAGCAUCCAAAGUAUUUACUCCACAGAUUAAAGAUAACAGCAUUGAGUCAAUAACCACUGAUCUCAUUUGGAGAUACACUAGGCCAGCCAGGCGCGUGGCACAACCGUUCUGCUCAGUCUAUUACCAUAGCUGUUGUGGCUGUCUCUCAAGACACACCGUUCUCCUGUGAGUGUGAAAUAACAGCAGCCUAUUGUAAAACAUAGAUUAGAUGCAUUGCUUUUUUCCACCUUUGUAGGGAGAAAUCUACAGCGCAACAUAAUAUUUCACCUAAACGAAUGUGUCCCUGCUCCCCUGUGCAGCAUGCAGCUCACUUGGCUCUAAGAAAAUGGCAAAACAAAAAAUUGUUUAGGGAGCUGUACAACGGCAAAAACUGGGCAGGUGCUACAGCAAAGAAGAGUUUAAAGACGUAGUUCAACCAAAAAUGAAUGAAUUAAUGAAUUAAUUUCUUGUUUGACGCAAAAUGACAUACUGACUGUUGGUAGCCAAAGAGAUGCCGGUAGCCAUCGACUUCCAUAGUAAGAAAAAAUUCUAUGGAAGUCAAUGGCUACCGCCAAUUGUUUGAAUACCACCAUUCUUCUAAAUAUCUUCUUUUGUGUUCAACAGAAACGUAUACAGGUUUGAAACAACUUGAGGGAGAGUAAAUGAUGACAGAAUUAUUUUUUUUUUAUUUUUGGGGGAACUAUCCCUUUAAGUAACAUUUAUCAAAUAAAAUGUUAUUAAAUUAAUCUUAAAUGUCUUUAAAAGUGUUUAAAAUGCUUUUCUUAAAACAUCCAAACUAUUGUUUACCAGAAACCAAAAUGCAAAAGCUAAAAUCUCAUCUGUGGGAAUGGAAUACCAGUGUUAUUCAUGCACUGUAAAUAACAUUUUGAUUUUCUUUUCUCUAUUCAAGCUUAUUUUGCUUUACAUUUUUAUUAUGUCUGACUUAGAACAAAUUGUCGUUGAUGUGUAUCAAUAUGAAAAUGAAAAGCAAGACAGGUGUGACAUGAAAACAUUGCCACUGUGUGUUAAACAUACAAAGUACAAAGUCCUUUCUUUUGUAAACUUAUUAAACACCCUUAAUAAUAUUAUGUGGUGACAUUUUUAAAUAAUAUAAUAUAAUACGCUUUAAAUCAAAAUUGUUUACUUUUUCUGAGGUGAGCAGACAGCAUAUUAUGUCCAGAAGUGAGUCAGCUCUGUGCUGUGUGUUGCUAAGGUGUUUACAUUUAAAUCCCUUUUCCAUACAUCGUGAAGAUAUUUACACUGCCCUCUGACCUCAGUUUCAUUUAUGUGGGAGACACAAUUUUUAUUGACUUAGUUGCAUUCACAUUUUCUAAAGCUAGUGGUGAUUUAUAAGCCUUUUUGAAAUAAAAUAUGCAUUGUGUUCAGUGCUUCCAGCCACACAUUAAGUUAGUCCUAAAAGACGUUUAGUUUGACCGUAUAAACCAUGCUUCGUUUCGUUAAAUAUCUAUGCAGAACUCUAAAUGAAUCUGAUUAAUUCAUGCAAAAGACUAUCAUAUUCUUGACUAAGGCAUUUCCAUCUAUUUUUCAGACAAUUAAACUAAUCAAGCAACUAUAUUAGGACUCAAUCACCCAUUUAUUUAAUUCCAGCAUUUAGGCAGAGAGAGAAAACACCAUGCUGAGCAUGAAAUGACUGCUGAGGAGACAGUUUGCAGUCAUCUAAACGAACGUGUGAGCUUGCAGAUUGACAAGAUGGAAGUCUCUGUCUUGCAUGGACGCCACAGUGGGCCAUUAAAAGAUUGCCUGUUUUAAUUAGCUCUGUUAAUGCAGUGAUUUGUAAGAUGGCACCCUGGGCCAGGGGCCAGUCCACACAGAAGCAGAUUUUCAUCUCUCUCAAUUUGAUGGCACAAAUGUUAAUUUAGGUCUGUUUUAGGGUGCAAACAGACUGGAGUAUAAGCUAAAAAAACUAUUUUCUUUUGCAUUUAUCAAAUCAUUUAUUUAUUUAUUUAUUGAAAUGUUACAUAAAAGUUAAUAAUGUAAUACAACUGUUUAUUUUGCGUGCUUAAUGCAACUGCGUAGCUAGCACAGAAUUAUGUCAAUAAUAGACUCAAACUGGGUCACACUGGACAAUAAAGCAAUUUAAUAUUAUAUCUGCUGUUACCUCAUUAACUUUCUGUCAUUUAAAAUUGUGUCUGUUCCCACUAGCUGUCUCAUUGUGCAUUUUUCUUCUGUCAGGGGAUUUAAAAAAUAUAUAUUAUUAUUUUUUUUUUUAUAUAUAAGCAAAAACUGUACUCUUUGUACAUAAUACUAUAUAUAAAUAUAUGUGAGCACAUAUCGCAGUACAUUUUUAUAUGUAUAAACUGUAGUAUUAAAUGUGUACUUGCUGUCCAUUUCAUUUAAGCUUACAUUUUGAAAUUUGCUGCUUAUAUGAAUCGUCUCAUCUGUUAAAAUCCAACUGGUACAUUCUGCUCUUCCAUAGCCAUUUGUCUUUGGACUUCUAGAUUCAGAUGUUAAAGCUAUGUACAUAAUAAAAAGUAAUACUUAGCCAUUUUUGUGUCUAA